AAAUUAAUGGGCAGAGAGAUAAUUUGAGGAUGUUUACCCGUGAGGCUUGAACAGAUCUCCUCCUUUUACAAGUUACAAACUCGAACACUAUGCGUACAAGUGAGUGAGUGAGUGGGGGAGGGAUAUAGCGUGUGUAGUUCGCCGCCGAGCGCUUUGUCAUUUUAGGCGGAUAAGACUUGCUAUCGAUUUGCCUCCAGACGACAUUGCCUUAGCCCACGCUUCUCUGAAAGCAAACAUCGAUCGCUACUUGCCAGAAAAGCUCUCAAAAUAACCCCCCUCUGUACCCUUCCAUUUGGAUUUUGUAAUAGCCCAAUAGUUCAGGGAAGAAAAAUGGCCCACACAUGCGUUUCAACAGCCUCCGCCUCCUCUCUCAGAUUCAACUCCCAAAUCUUCUUCGUUAAUGCUACCUCUGCCUCUCGCUCCGACCUUCUGAAGCUCUCUCUCCCCACUGACCCCUUUCGUUCCAGGAAAUUAAGGAAAUUAGUUGGUAAUGAAAAGAGCCUACAGAAUUCUCCUGUGAAGGCUGUGUAUUCUGGUGAGGCUUGGCCGCCAAGGAGUUCUCAGCUGGGGAUUUGGUCCAUAAGGGAUGACUUGCAAGUCCCAUCAUCUCCCUACUUCCCUGCAUAUGCGCAAGGCCAAGGGCCUCCCCCAAUGGUGCAGGAGCGAUUCCAGAGUGUUAUAAGCCAGCUUUUUCAGCAUAGAAUAAUUCGUUGUGGUGGAGCUGUUGAUGAUGACAUGGCAAACAUAAUAGUUGCUCAACUUCUGUAUCUUGAUGCCGUUGAUCCUAACAAGGAUAUUGUCAUGUAUGUAAAUUCUCCUGGAGGAUCAGUUACCGCUGGUAUGGCAAUAUUCGACACAAUGAGGCAUAUCCGUCCUGAUGUUUCCACUGUUUGUGUUGGACUAGCAGCUAGUAUGGGAGCUUUCUUGCUUAGUGCUGGGACCAAAGGAAAAAGGUACAGUUUGCCAAACUCAAGGAUAAUGAUCCAUCAGCCUCUUGGUGGAGCUCAAGGUGGGCAAACCGACAUAGAUAUUCAGGCAAACGAAAUGCUACAUCAUAAAGCUAAUCUUAAUGGGUACCUCUCCUACCACACUGGUCAAAGUCUGGAGCAGAUUAAUCAGGAUACUGACCGCGACUUCUUCAUGAGUGCAAAAGAAGCCAAGGAAUAUGGGCUUAUAGAUGGUGUCAUCAUGAACCCUCUCAAAGCACUCCAGCCACUGGCAACUACAUCAGAGACUAAAGACGAGUCUGUUGUGUGACCUCUUGAUUGACCGGCGCAGUGGAUGACGUGGCAUAUGGAUGAGUUAAAUGGGGAAAUAGACAUUUUCUCAGUGUGUCUGAGUUCUUUUAAGUUCGCAAUGCUUGAUUAUCUGUGUAGCACAGAAUUAAGAACCCUGAAAUUUUGCUGUUGGUUGCACCUGAACUGAAACUUUGACAAAUAGAUCGAAUUCUAGAUAUGCAGUUUGCCUU